UCCUAAUCCAGUUCGUGCAAACAAACACAGCCCUUCCCCGGAUUCGUGUCGGUUGCCGUUACUUCAAAAACAACUUCUUUCGGUGCUGGAUUUCAAGAAUCCUAUUGUUAUCUUGAUGCGAUCUCGAGGGAUUCAUUUCUGCUGAGUCGCGAUGAGCAGUCGCAGGGAUCACCGCUCCUCUAGAUCUGCAUUGUUUGGUAGUUUUGACAGCAUUGAGGAGGGUGGUAUUCGAGGUUCUCCCUCUUACUCUCAAGAGGUUGAUGAUCAUGGCAACGACAGAGCUAUAAACAGCUUGCAAGAUAGGGUCAUCUUUUUAAAGAAAUUAACGGGUGAUAUUCAUGAGGAAGUGGAGAGCCAUAACCAUAUGCUGGACCGGAUGGGAAAUGAAAUGGAUGCAUCAAGGGGAAUCAUGUCAGGAACUAUGGAUCGAUUCAAGAUGGUAUUUGAGAAGAAAUCAGGUCGGGGGAUGUGUAAACUUGCUGCAUGUUUUAUAGUUUCUUUCUUUAUCAUAUACUAUUUCAUCAGGUUUCUAGGAUAUUUUAUGUAUAGGUAACUAGAGUUCUGAAGGCUGGCUGCCUCAAGUCCAAUUAACUGAAGACGUUGAAGGGUAGAACCACAGCUAGGGUUUCACUUCCCAAAGCAUCCCCUGCUUUCUGCUUUUUGGCUGGGUAAAGUAUCCCUUGCAUUGCUUAUAGUGAGAGAGCUGGCGAAAAGCAAUGCUGCACGAUCACAAGCCAGAUUUAUCCAUUGAUCUGAUGGAAUGUUAGAAUUCAAUUGCUGAACUGGAUUGCCAUUUCCAAGAGUUGUCAUCUAUUUGGUCAUGUACACCUCUAACUCUAGAGUGCAGUAACUUCUACGCACCAUUGUUUUUGGUUUUACUAUUUUUAGGAAACAGGUAAAGCAUUUUGCCAUCUGAAACUGUAUAUCAGAACUGCACUGCAAAUAUAACAAAAACGAAGAAGGGUUUUGCUCUUUA